AUGCCUCGUGAGCAGGCUUUGGCCUUGUUGCAGGACUAUCUCGAUCACGCCUUUCCCCUUCUCCCAAUAAUCCACUCAACCACAACCCGGACAAUUGUGUCUGAGUUUUACGACCAGCUUUCUCGCGGCGGCCAUGUCAGGCCCCAAGUGGCUGCCCUGAUCCUGUGCAUCAGCGCAGUCAGUGCCUGGCUCUGGCAGCCAGACGCGGGCCGUCACGCCCGGUUCGCCUCGGUCAGAGAGGCGACACAGCUCUGGGAGAUCUGGCGGAAGUGGUCAUUCGAGAUCCUCACCAGAACUCAAGCUUCGGACGGCAGCACGCUGGAGGGCGCGCAGACCUGGGCGCUGCUCUCGUACGCGACACUGAAUGCUGAAGGCGGUUCCGCCUAUUUCAGGUUUUUGCACUACACGGCUAUCACGGCCGCCCGCGAGCUGUCGAUGCAUCUUGUUGACAGCCCCAAGGCGGACCGCAGCGAAGACCGCGUCACGCGCGAAGUCAAGCGCCGACUCUGGUGGCAUCUCGCUGUCACGGACUGGAUGCUUGGCUCCGUAGGGGGCCCAUACGAAGGCACUUAUUCCAUACAACCCCGACACAUGAACGUGAGGUAUCCCAGAAAUCUGAACGACAACGAUGUCGCUACCUGGGACGACUCGAUGACUGCCCCUCUCAAUGUACCCACUCAGAUGUCCUUCGUUCUGCAGAGGAUCCGUAUCGGGGAGAUCGUCAGAACCACCCUGGACGCUCGUCCCCCUGGGAGCCCCGACGUUGAUAUGCCAGACGACUACAACACCGUGGUCGCCCUGGACCGCCUGUUUGAGCAGGCAUUUAUGGACAUGCCGCCCUUCUUUCAGAUUCCCAGUCCCUUUCAGCCCGAAAAGCUCGACAGCUUCCAGUUGCAGGGCGCCAUCUUGCAGCUUUGUCUGCUGUCCCGUCGAGCUCGGCUCCAUCGCCCCUUUUUUCUACAGCAGCACAUCAGCGCAAACCCCCGACACCAACCGUCUCGCGACAUAUGCCUGCAAUGUAGCCGUAAGAGCGUCUGCAUCUCGGUCGGCAUCCUCGAGGCAUCCCUGGACGCGGCUCGAAGAAGUGACACCGGCAGCGAGCCACGGCAGAUCGAGAAGAUGCGUCCUCGGAGCGGUCUCUCGGCCCAUCGCCUCGGCCACAUCAUCAACCAUAUGUUUGUGGCGUGCACCGUUCUGGCCUUUUACGCCGGUGCCAGCUCUGGGCCCGACAACAGCCCUGCACGACGACAGCUCGGCGACAGCGGGGCCGAAGAGCCUGACCGGACGGCAGUCCACGCCGAGCUCACCAACGCCUGCCGUGUCCUUGCCGCCCUCGGAGCCGAGUCUCCCGUGGCGGCUCGACUGCUCCGGAACCUCGUCAGCCUUCUGCGGCGGUACCAGGUUCAGGGAGUUGACGGGGAUGAGAUGCUGGAGCGUCUGGAAGGGAAAGAAAGAAAGGAGACUACUGGCAAAGGAGCUGCUGGGCAUGGGCACUCCCAGACUUUUGGUGAAACCGAGGUAUUGAGUGAUGUGGAUGGCGGGCUGGCUCCAGUUGCAGGUCCGGGUGACGCCCAUGUUGACUUUGAUGGACUGUGGGACGAGUUUAUGGGCUCGAGCGACGAUUAUACUCAGCUGUUUGCUGAUUUGGACUAUCACUGUGGCAUGGGGGUUAAUGUAGCAUGA